AUGGAAACACUGGAGUCGGAGCUGACCUGCCCAAUCUGUCUGGAGCUCUUCGAGGACCCACUGCUCUUGCCCUGCGCUCACAGCCUGUGUUUCAACUGUGCCCACCGCAUCCUAGUCUCCCACUGCACCCCCAACGAGCCUGUGCAGUCCAUCAGCGCCUUUCAGUGCCCAACCUGUCGCUAUGUCAUCACCCUCAGCCAGAGGGGCCUAGAAGGACUGAAGCGUAACGUCACUCUGCAGAACAUCAUCGACCGCUUCCAGAAGGCUUCCGUGAGCGGGCCCAACUCCCCCAGUGAGACUCGCCGCGAGCGGGCCGCCCUAGACAACACGGCCAUGACCUCCCCCAAUGAGAGGGUGCAGUGCCAGUUCUGUGAGCAGGACCCUCCCCAAGACGCUGUCAAGACCUGUGUCACCUGCGAGGUGUCCUACUGCGACGAGUGCCUGAAGGCCACCCACCCCAAUAAGAAGCCCUUCACUGGCCAUCGUCUGAUCGAGCCCAUGCCGGACUGCCACCUCAGGGGACUCAUGUGUCUGGAGCACGAGGACGAGAAGGUGAACAUGUACUGUGUCACAGAUGAACAGUUGAUCUGUGCCUUGUGCAAACUGGUCGGUCGGCAUCGGGACCACCAAGUAGCAGCACUCAGCGACCGCUACGAGAAACUGAAGGUAAGAGAUGCUACUGUACAAUACUGUGCACAGCUUCAGGAAUGUCUGGGGAGUAUCUGGGGAGUUAAUGAUUGUCUGUGAAGAGCUCAUCGUGUACAAUAACUUGUUUCCACUGAGUAUAACACAUGGACAGAUUAAAAAUAAUAUUUGAUGAAAAUUAAGUUUGAACUUGUAAGUAUAUUAGAUAAACAAGAUUGUGCCUGAAUUGCUUGACAAAAAUAUAGAUCAAAUUCAAUAUUUGACUAUUCUCUUUUUGUUUUGUGGAGAUUCACCACACACAAUUUUCAGAGAUCACAGUUCAUUUUGUUAUUACUUACUAUUUUAUAUCACCUGCCUUUCAAAAAUACUAAAAUGAUGUGAUUGUUAUACAAUGUGUUGUUUUCAGAAUGUAAUAUAUUUUAUUUGUGGCCGUAUCAUACAAAUCUGUGACCUACUGCAGUUUGAGAAAAAACACAUUGUUCAACAUGUCAUAUAGACAUCUUGAUGAUGGAAUUAAAAAAUUACAUUUGAGAUUAACAUUAAACGUGAGUCAUUAACAUAAUAUAUAAUAUCCACUAUUUCAAUAAAUAGUCGUUCCCCUAUUGAUAUCCUUUUUUUUAUCAUACCAGAAAUGUUUCCUUAGACUCAGCAGACUUAUGGGCGAAUCAGGAGUCAUUGCUGAUGGUAACAGUGCAGUACAAGAACACAAUAUACGAUCAGGCAACCUCACUAUUAUAUGAUAUGUAUUAUAUAUCUACAGAUGUCUGGGCUCUUGACGUACAAAACCUUAAAAGAAAGCUAAUGGAAUUCCCCAUUCAGUCAGGUUUCCCAAUAAUACAUCAGCGUUAAACUCAUGUGAUGUCUGUUAAUAUUUCAAAGAGCAAGCGCUUUGGGAACAAGGAGUGAUCACACACCAUGACACUCUUUCGUUUAGGGGCUUAAAUGUAACAUUUGCCAUGUAAUUCCAACCAAUAAAAAAGAUUGCUUCCAGGGUUUCAGGUUAAAUAGAACUAACCACUUUCCCUCCAUGGGUCCAUAUUAAUAAGGCAUCAUGAGAGAGACGUUGUUAGCUGGAACACAAAAAGGUGGCCACGCAUUCCUUCCACUUUAGACUUGAAUGAGCCCCUGUCAAAGCACUGAGAUUUGUGCUUUGUGGGUUAGUAUUUUGCCAACACACGCCAUGGGACUCGAUCAUGGCUCCAGAAACCUCAUGGGAGCAAUUAAUGCUCUAUUACAAGGCAGAAUGUAAUGUACUGUAGUUAGCCUUUCACAUGGAAAUUGACCCUCACAUUUGACAAGUUCUAUCAAGAGAUGCAGCACGCAGGGCUGUGAUGUUAGCAGAGCUCAACCUUCUAUAUUGAUCAACAUGUAAAGUAUUGAAAUAUCUUCUCAGUAAAGUUGUUAUUUUAGUAUUUGCAAUUCAUUAAGUGGACGCUAAAACUACUUUUUUGUAGUUAACAUUUUCUAUCCAUCUUUGUUUGUACAGUACAGUAGACAUAGCCUAUCUAUUGUCAUUUUAUCACAGGCUAUUGAUGGCUUAUAAAAAAUUUUAUACAUAUAUUUGCAUACGGCAGUGUUUAGUUUAGUAAAUAAGAAGUCAGUGUAAUAAUGUAACAACUCAGUAGGUGUCAAGUCUAGCUAAAAGGUUUCUAGGGAUCACAUGGCUUCCACUGCAUGGCUUUGAAAGACCACAGGACUUUUCACACAUAUAUAAAUAUAUAACACUACUUGUGCAUGAAUCAUAAAAAGUGUUUUUUUGCAUUACAUGAUACACACAAACUAUUUUUGCUUGUCCUUUCACCAAAAACAAAGAGAAUGCCAAGCUUGGUCCCAGACUCCCAGUGAAACUGAGAUGCUUUAAUCUUAGAUUGCAGUAUGGCGGUUGAGGUCAGAGCAUCAGCCUUAACCAGUGUCUCCUUUGUUUGAUCAUGCUGUCAUUGUGCAGAGAACUCCAGGCUGCUAUCUCAGUGAGAGGAUUGAACAGGAGGAAGCAGGCCAGGUGAUAUCUACGGUAUCUACAGCAUAACUCCAACUCCACAUUCAGGGACAGGUCUACUAAGAGUUUAUGGCUGCUUUUUUCAAUGGGGAAUAAAACCUACAGACUAGAGCAAAACAUAUGAUGCAAUAUACAGUAGAAAUUAUAUUAAGGUCAAAUCUAUAUAAUUUUUGUGGCUCUUUUAUUCCCCUCUGAAAAUAUCAGGAGCAUAUUUUGCACAGGUGCAAAUGCUCUGUAAACCUGACCCAUAGAAUAUAGUCCACAUUUAUUGUGGGUGGCUUCAUUGCCUCUAUGCGAGAUCUGCAUAGUUUAUGUAAUGAGUAACGGCAUAUCUAUACAUACAGUAUAUAGAUAUGUACUAUGGAACAUAGUUUCACUUUUUGUGCCAUCAUACUGUUACAUAAACAGGAGAGAACACUAUAAAAAAUUUAUGUGAUUUUAUGUGAGGUAAUCCAUUUGGAAAAAGUGCACGUAAAUUCCACAAUAGAUACAAGAUUUACAUUAUUUAUCAUAAAUAGAUAUGAAGGAAAAUAACUAACACCUACUUCACUGUUGCACUGUAUUUUACUGGUAUUACUAAGAGUGGGCAGUGGCAGACUUGUGGUCAACUAUGACCCAUGCAUGUCCGAUAUUUCUUGCCAGAUGUAAGAUGCACUAUCUACUACACUGUAAAACAUUUCCUGUAAAAUGUACAGUUACUUACUGGCAGCAAUUGGCCAGUAAAUUACUGUAAUUAAUUUUACAGUACAGCUACUGUAAUCAAUUUUACGGUAAUCCGAAAAUGUUACCAACAUUUUUACUGUAAUUUAAUUUACAGUACAUUACUAGAAUUGCCCAUGCAGCGACAUAUUACCCAGUGUUCUUUGCAAGUUUUAUUUUUUUACAUUUACAUUUGGUCCUCUGUAGCUCAGCUGGUAGAGCACGGCGCUUGUAACGCCAAGGUAGUGGGUUCGAUCCCCGGGACCACCCAUACACAAAAAAAAAAAUAAUGUAUGCACGCAUGACUGUAAGUCGCUUUGGAUAAAAGCGUCUGCUAAAUGGCAUAUUAUUAUUAUUAUAUACAUUUUGGGAAUUUAGCGGGCGCUCUUGUCCUUAGCAACUUACAGUCAGUGCAUUAAACCAAGGUUGAUUUAAAAAAACACAUAUCACAGUCAUAGCAAGUAAAAUGAUAUGUAACCGUUACUGAAAAUGUUGUUGUAGUUAAGGAUACAUUGGUCUUCAAAAUAAUUGUAAUUACAACAAGAUAUCUUAUUAUAUAGCUUAGGUUAUCUCUGGAUAGUGCCAAAACAAUACUGAGAUAUUCACAGUAACUUAAUGCCAGAGCAAUGAAACACAGUACAAUACAGUAAAAGUGACUAUAAACUAAGAAAGUUAUUUCUACAGUAUUUUACUGUAAUUGCAAGGGAUUAGAGCAAGCAGGUUGGCGGUAUCCAUUUUCAUAUUAAAGCAUAUUAAUGAAUACUAGGUGUUUUAUGUUACUUGCACUUCUAGAGGGCUAAACAAAGGCUUCCAAACUGGGUGUGAUUACAGGGCAAAACAGAUCAAAUGGACAUGGGUCAAUAUUUAACCAUUAAUAGGUUUAAGACCCACUACCUCUCUGAUCUGUUCUCUAUAUACAUUUAAUUGUUAGGGAACUACUACCACAUAUCACUUAAAUUGGUACAGAGCUCUCACUAACAGGUGCAACAAAUAUAGCCACUUACAAGGCACGCCUUCAAAUAUGCACCAUAAUUUACAGUAUGCUGUAGUAAAUAUAUAGCAAAUCAGUACUUUAUUGUUGAAUUGAAAAUAAAAUCAGCAAUUGCUAAUAGUGAAUAUUUAAUUAUAUAUUAUGCCAUACCAACUGAUAUUUGGUGUUUUAUAUCACUUGCACUUUAGGACUUAACAAAGGCUUCUAAACUGACACCGACUACUGGGAAAAACAGAUCUAAAGGACAUGGCUAGCCACUCAACCUUUAACAAUUUUAGACUUGCUGCCACUCUGAUCUGUCUCCUAUAUAAAUUUAAGUAUUAGGGAACCACUACAACAUAUCAAUUAAAUUGGUACAGCGCUCUCACUAACAGGUCCAACAAAUAUAGUCUCUUACAAGGCACGCUUUAAAAUAUGUUAAUGAGCCCGAGACUCUUUCCCGCCCACAUUUUACCACAAUGCACCAUAAUUAAUACUUUAAAACAAAUGUACAGUAUUUUACUGUGCAUUCUACAUUAUUUUGCUGUUGAAAUGACAGAAAGGUAUUUCAGUGUGCUGUAAAACAAAUAAGGUAUUUUACUGUGCAUUCUACGGUAAUCUACUUUGUUUAGUUUAUACAGUAUCAUACUGUUGACUAAUGCAGUAAGUUACUGAUAAAAUUACAAAAACGGCUAACAGUGUACGUGGUCACGUUUUUCAGUACAAAUCCUACAAUAUAUCCGAUUAGAAUGUUUGAGACAGAUGUCAACUCUAUUCUUCAGAAACAAAUGAAUGAAGUUAUUCUGAGCAUGGCAAUUGUAAUGUCAGAACCACACUGGUCCUUACUUAUCAUCAUAGACCUUAAUACCCUUGUGUAUGAUUACCUUUUGUCUGUUUCUAUUCCCCUGACCUUUGUACCAAGGUAUUGCCAUACUCUCUCCCCAAGUCAGCAUAUACAGUAGGGCUAGGAUGACCUGUUCUUGGCUUCAUUUUAUGUUGUUGCAGCAUUGUCCUUUGUGCUCCGUGUCUGUCACAUGGGGCCUUUGUCUUGUUUUUGAAAAGUUUGAUAUUUUACAUAAAAAUGAUUAGUCAUCCCGCUUCACCUUUUGAAGUUAAAGCUAUAAAAUAUACAACAGCCAAAGUACAAAAGAACCCUAUCUAAAUAAAUAAUGUUAACAGAGAGACUAAGAUAUUUUUGGACAUGGAGAUGCAGCCAUAGGCCUCACUGCAAAAAGACAACUACGUGUUGCAAAAUUAAUUACACGUAGCACACCCCAUUUCUUAUUUUCACAAGUCUUGACGAGCUAGACUACAGUAUGCUGAUGGUCCUCUGCCAAGCCCCAUCAUUGCCCUAUUUGGUUACAUCCCAGAGGGUACAUGCACUGUAGCACUCUCUGACUAAUGUAGGAGGAACACAAAUCAAAGACGUACAGUAGUAUUUAGAUACCUGUACAUGUCUGAAACCUCUUAUGUUACCUUGUGAUGAAUACAGACAGAGAGGUGAGAAAGAGAAGGGUACGGGUAAAAAUAAGUUUUCCAUUUUAUAUAACAAGACUGAUCAUUAUUGGUUAUGGUACUGUAGAGGUUCUAGUAGUUCUACAUUUUGUCCUCAAUUUCAUCUGACAUAUUUUAUAUAUUUUCAUAGAGAAUUUUUCUACUUAAUUUCCUCUACUAUAAUGAUUCAUUGUACAACUUUUUGAAUCAACUAUAGAACAUGUUUAGACAGUUCCCUGCUAUUUUCCUAAAGUAAUCCAGACCUGAUGAGAGCAAAGAAUAGCCGCUUCCUCUGGAUGAGGUCCCACACCUUUCUUUGGCUUUGGCUUGCUCAGUCUCUCUUCCUUUCUGACAAAAACCUGACAGGUCAGACCACUGUUGAUGUUUGGAAACUGUCCUGCCAACUUUUCUAUAAUUUUAUCACCUGAUCUAAGGACAGUGAAAGCUUUGAUUGUGCCGAUUGUAAAAAGGCAAGCAAUAGCCUGGUUUAUUCGAUCAAACUCAAACAAAAUAGUGAAUUUCUUGGAAAGAGUGAUACACCUUGCGUUCACAUGCAAAAUAAUGAAAUUCACCAUGUAGAUGACUUGCCAGUGGCCAGGAUCUCUCAAAAGGCUAAAGGAAGUCACGUCCACCUAAAAGGAGUAACAGAGGGAAAUGGAGUUGGCAGAGUGGGUUAUCUAGUCUCCAGCAUGGGCCUGCUGUCUUUCCUCUCAGAGUUGUUCUGGGAGCUUUUGCAGGGAUCCAAACCCUCUCAAAUUAAUGGCACAGGAUAAAUAAUCUCUGAGAGGAAGUGGAUGCUUUAUCUCCUGUUGGGAGUUGAUAUGCCAACUGGCAUACCACCCUAACUGUCAAAUGUUUAUGGAAGAGAGACAGGAGAGACAGGGAGAUAGCCUAUUUACAUAAAGCAAUGUUGUUUUAGCCUGGCAACAGAGUGUUAAUCCACCAAGAGGCAUUUCAUUCAUUACUAUACCCUUUAUGACUUAUUUUGUUUUCGCAUUACGUAAACUUUCCUCACCAAGGCAAUUAUUUCAAGUGCAUUAUACAACUAGACACACAAACAUACAAAUGAACACACUGCUGUAUAUAAUUGCCUUUUUUGGUAGAUUCAAUUACUAUAAUAAAUCCAUUAAUGCUUUAUGAACUGUAUUGUAGCAUUUUUCAUUGCGUUGUAGUGUGGGUUGUUGUUCUGGUGAGGCUGCUUCAGCUCGCUCAGCUGUUAUCUAGCCAGGACUCUCUGGGUCUGUCCCCUGCACCUUCCAUCCACAACAGCACAGAGCUAUUCUAAUGGUUUCAUCACCUCUGCUUGAAUAUAAAUAAAUAAUUUUGGUGAGAGCAGCAAAAAAGAUAUAUAUAUUUCUGUGCACACUGACGGCUGACGCACAGCCUUAUGAAAUCGCAGUGCGAAAAGGCCGACCUGAGAGAGCUUUCCCCACAAUUAGCUAAACAGUGACUUCACAGACACCUUCAGUUCUCCAAAGUUCUAUGCUCUCUGUUCACUCAAUUCUUUAAACUUUUCAUCAUACAGUACAGAUGUAGGAUCUUAAUUUGUGCCAGUUUAAUACAACAGGAAAAUGAUCCUGCAGCAACAGGAAAUGUGAAUUAUUAUGUGGAUUAUAAUUAAUGAGCAUUUUUGUAGGAGUUGAUACAUUAUUCGUAAGGGAAAAUCAAGUCUGAAAUUUCAAAGUGGAAAUUACAAACCUCAAAUAUACUACAAGUUAAAAAGUUAUCCUGCAACAGGCUGAUCAAAUUAAGAUCCUACAUAUGUAUGUAUCACAACUAUACUUUAUGGAGUGCGAUACAAAGGUGCUUGUACUUAAUAUGUUUUUUUUUUUUUUUGAAAAACAUGGUGGACAAUCUUAAUGUCUAGUAUUUCAACAAGUUGUUCAUUUCAAUUCACUGUUAUCUAGAGGGCAACAUAAUGGUAUAGCACUCCAUUUUGGUAUUCUCUUGCUGUGUUUAUUCAGUGAAAUAGCAUCAUGAGCCUAUCUAUAGACCCAUACACACAGAACAAUUCUUCUGGAGCAUAAUCACAGUAUUAAAUUCAUCCAGGACUACAUACCGUUAACAAAUAACCCUCUCAGACAUCUAACCAAUGCCCUUGUAUCCUCCUUAUGCCUCACUGCAUAACCCCUGUGGCAAGACAAUGUAAUCCUUCAUGGAGAAGAGUAAUACAUUGCAAUCGUUGUGCCAGACAAUAAUACAACAUAAAGAACCUUCUGGAUGCAUAACAGCCAAACAGAACUUCCCAAAUAUUCACCUAGCUGUAGAACAGAGUUGUAGAUGUACAGCUCUGCCAUAGAUAGUCAAGCUGUGAGAGAGUUUGAUGUGAGUCAUCGGUGGGUGAUUAAUGCAUGCAGGGUUUAUUGCCUAAAUCUCUGGCAGAUGCUCUUCUUGUCCCUCUCAGCUUUGGGAGCUCAGUGAGCAGGCAGAAAGAUGGGAGCUCUGACAUUCUGGCUAGCUCAGAGGUUACUGAUUGACUGAUCACACACCAAAUGGGACACAACCAGACCCUAUGAAGGGAUUCUCUGUUAGCUUAUCAUCCUCCACCAGUGGACAGGCAUGGUUGUGAUUUUGAUUUCCCCCCUUCUUUCCAAAUUUAGUGAACUGUGUACAGUUUGCUAGAGGAAUGUUUUCAGUUACAUACUCUGUUGUUCAUAGUUUUGUUCUAUUCUUUUUUCCACAGCAAGCCUUGGACUCUAACCUCAGCAAUCUAAUCAAGAGGAACAAUGAGUUGGAAACUCUGAUGGGCAAGUUGAUCCAGACUUGCCAACAUGUGGAGGUAAGGAUGUUUAUCUAUUUCCAUAUUAGGCUAUAUGGCACAUCUCCCAGUUUCUGUGUCAUUUCUAAUGUUUGAUUAUUUGAUGAUAUGAUUUGUUGAUUUCUUCCUUGUGAGUAUUGUAAAUUUAACACAUUACAGUUGAAGUCGGACGUUUACAUACACCUUAGCCAAAUACAAUUAAACUCAAUUUUUUUCACAAUUCCUGACAUUUAAUCCUAGUAGAAAUUCCCUGUCUUUGGUCAGUUAGGAUCACCACUUGAUUUUAAGAAUGUGAAAUGUCAGAAUAAUAGUAGAGAGAAUCAUUUCUUUCAGCUUUUAUUUCUUUCAUCACAUUCCCAGUGGAUCAGAAGUUUACAUACACUCAAUUAGUAUUUGGUAGCAUUGCCUUUAAAUUGUUUAACUUGGGUCAAACGUUUCGGGUAGCCUUCCACAAGCUUCCCACAAUAAGUUGGGUGAAUUCUGGCCCAUUCCUCCUGACAGAGCUGGUGUAACUGAGUCAGGUUUGUAGGCCUCCUUGCUCGCACACUCUUUUUCAGUUCUGCCCACAAACAUUCUAUAGGAUUGAGGUCAGGGCUUUGUGAUAGCCGCUCCAAUACCUUGACUUUGUUGUCCUUAAGCCAUUUUGCCACAACUUUGGAAGUAUGCUUGGGGUCAUUGUUUAUUUGGAAGACUCAUUUGUGACCAAGCUUUAACUUCCUGACUGAUGUCUUGAGAUGUUGCUUCAAUAUAUCCACAUACAUAUUUUCCUUCCUCAUGAUGCCAUCUAUUUUGUGAAGUGCACCAGUCCCUCCUGCAGCAAAGCACCCCCACAGCAUGAUGCUGCCACCCCCGUGCUUCACGGUUGGGAUGGUGUUCUUCGGCUUGCAAGCACCCCCUUUUUCCUCCAAACAUAACGAUGGUCAUUAUGGCCAAACAGUUCUAUUUUUGUUUCAUCAGACCAGAGGACAUUUCUCCAAAAAGUAUGAUCUUUGUCCCCAUGUGCAGUUGCAAACCGUAGUCUGGCUUUUUUAUGGCGGUUUUGGAGCAGUGGCUUCUUCCAUGCUGAGCAGCCUUUCAGGUUAUGUCGAUAUAGGACACAUUUUACUGUGGAUAUAGAUACUUUUGUACAUGUUUCCUCCAGCAUCUUCACAAGGUCCUUUGCUGUUGUUCUGGGAUUGAUUUGCACUUUUCGCACCAAAGUACGUUCAUCUCUAGGAGACAGAACGUGUCUCCUUCCUGAGCGGUAUGAUGGCAGUGUGGUCCCGUUGUGUUUAUACUUGCGUACUAUUGUUUGUACAGAUGAACGUGGUACCUUCAGGCGUUUGGAAAUUGCUCUCAAGGAUGAACCAGACUUGUUGAGGUCUACCUUUUUUUUUCUGAGGUCUUUGCUGAUUUAUUUUGAUUUCCCCAUGAUGUCAAGAAAAUAGGCACUGUUUGAAGGUAGGCCUUGAAAUACAUCCACAGGUACACCUCCAAUUGACUGAAUUGAGGCCAAUUAGCUUCUGAAGCCAUGACAUCAUUUUCUGGAAGUUUCCAAGCUUAGUGUAUGUAAACUUCUGACCCACUGGAAUUGUGAUACAGUGAAUUAUAAGUGAAAUAAUCUGUCUGUAAACAAUUGUUGGAAAAAUUACUUGCACAAAGUAGAUGUCCUAACUGACUUGCCAAAACUAUAGUUUGUUAACAAGAAAUUUGUGGAGUGGUUGAAAAACUUCAAUUCAGUGAACAUGUUACAAUACUGUGACAUAUCGACAGCUUGGGACUAUAAGGUUGUAUCUGCAAAAAGAUGAUUCUGAGAUCAUUGGCUUCAAAGUUCCGAACCCUCAUUGGUUUGAAUGGUGUCAGCACUUUUUAUCUAGUAUUCUUUUGAAAUUAACAACAUGAAUUGGGGUAUUUAGAACACUAAAUAGGUAGAGUACAUUGGAUAGAACAAGGUUACAGUAUGUCAAUAACUAAAGUUUGACAAAAAUGCAGAUAGAACCUUAUAGUCCCAAGCUCUCGAUAUAAUGUAAUAUUAUCUCACGGACACAGUUACUGAGAUGAAUAUGGUCACUGGGUAUACAAUAAAGUGGAUAUGCCAGUAAACCUAACUGUAUAAAGUAGGUUAUAGGCUAACCUUACUGUAGCCUAUAAACAUUGUAAUAUUGCCAAGCAUGCGUGCAUGUCUGUGUGUAUGUGUGUGUGUGUGUGUGUGUGUGUGUGUGUGUGUGUUUGUGCAUGAUAGAGGGUUAUUUGGGGAAUAGGCCUAGGUAGAACACAGCAAAACAUUUGUGCAUGAACCAAUUGAGGACUAAAAUGACACAACGUGCCCACAGAGAGAUGAAAGAAAGAGUGGGCCACGUAGCAGCUCUGGCUGUAUUUAGGAACGCAGAACUACUGCUGCGAUGCAGUUUUCUUAAAACUGCAUUGUUGGUUAAGGGCUUGUAAGUAAGCAUUUCACUGUAAGGUCUACACCUGUUGUAUUCGGCGCAUGUGGCAAAUAACAUUUGAUUUGAUUUGAUUUGAUGACUAUGCUCAGCUGAUUCUCACCUGCGGCACUGUGCUGUCCUGUGUGUGAUGACUGUAUUGUGUAGAUCUAACCUGGGAAACACUAGGUAGGUCUACUGCCUCAGGUGGACUUUUAUCUCAUAAGAGCCAGAGGGGCUUUGUUACUGUAUAUGAGCAUUAUCGUAUUAUAACAAUUCAUAUUUGCAAAUGUUUGAUGGUACUAUCUUUUAUCCUGUAUCAGGCCAAAGCCACUGCAAUGAAAAACCAUCAACUACCACAUUCAUAUCUUUGACCAUCCCUGUCAUAAUCUCUUCCCAAGUGUAAUGCAUCAAGACAAGAGAACAAGCUCCUUGAAGAAUGUGACCUCCUGAUCGACAUCAUACAGCAGAGAAGGCAGAUCAUAGCCACCAAGAUAAAGGAGGGCAAGGUAACUUCUUAGGCGUUAGUAUGUUUUGAUGGUUACUUAGGAGGGCAGAUGGGUCAGGUUGCCUAUCCCUUGGGAGACAGCAUGUUCAGAUCUUUUUCGUGCCCCCAAGGUUGAACUUUCUGUUAAGGCUGAGGAUGUACACUCUCAGUUGGGUAAAAAAUUGGGUAAGGUUAGGGUACAGUAUUGUUCCCGGAGGUACAAAAAUAUAAAAAUACACAUAAUGUACCUUUAGAUUACACAUAUAAUCUGACAUGGUACAUUUGUUUGUUAUACCCAAUAUUUUGAAUAUAAAGGUACAAUCCUCACACAAUCUCAAAAACAACGCCCAUCGUUAUCGUAUUUCCCAGCAUGCUAAAUUGCAGGUUGAUUUUUAGAACUGUUUGUUUCAAUAUGUGUGUUUUUGCAUGCAAAUGGAUUGAUUGAUCUUAUGCUACACAAAGAUAAAUAACAUACAUAACAAAACUAAUACAAUCUGUUAGUAGUUGGAUUUAUUGCACCCGUUACUGAGUUGUUCCCGUUAGGAUGGUUUAGGUAGUGACAUUUAUACAAUUUUCCCUACCUUGGCAGUCAUUCUAAAUGCAGGUAGCAGGUGUUUAAAAGUUCACAUUUUUGGAUAUCCUUAUUCUGUCUGGAUUCCAAUAUAAAUUACAUAUCACUUUGUAAACCACCAUAAAACCAGGAGAUUCAGACCACUGUGUUUGGGUAAAACUAGACUGUAAAGUGUUUACUUUCAACUAUAAAAUUCACUUGGGCACUCACUUGGUGAAGGCUACAGGACUGAAAGCUAUUGAAUGCUACAACCAUGUCUCUAUCACUAGCAAACGCAGUCAUGAGUGGUACUGGUAAUUCUAGAAUUAACUUAAAAGGCACCCUGGGAAAUAUGCAAAUAAGGCUUUACACCCUACAGUCUUAAAACAACACCCAAAACCCUUUUUAGAGGUACAUUUUUGCCACUUAAAAGGAACUCACGGCUUUGUCACUUUGGUGUUAACCUAAAAAGGCACAAAAUAAAUUGUGCCUGUACCUCAAAGGUGUUCUACAAUUGCCCCCAUAGGAUAACCCUUUUGAGUUCCAGGUAGAACCCUCUGUGAAAAGGGUUCUUCAAUGGCUUCUCCUAUGGCAGGGGUGUCAAACUCAUUCCAUGGAGGGCCUAGUGUCUGCUGGUUUUUGUUUUUUCCUUUCAAUUAAGACCUAGACAACCAGGUGAGGGAGAUCCUUACUAAUUAGUGACCUUAAUUUAUCAAUCAAGUACAAGGGAGGAGCAAAAAGCCACAGACACUCGGCCUUCCAUGGAAUGAGUAUGACACGUGUCCUAUGGGGACAGCCGAUUAAGGUACAAACAACAAGAGUACAAUUAUGCACCUAUUCUAAAGGUACAUAGGACAUACCUUAUAGGAUACCACUACAGUGACAAGUGUUUGUACCCCUUUAAAAAUGAAUCUUUAUUUCUGAAAGUGUACGUUGUGACCAUACCAUAAGUCUCUGCUCGACAUGCACAGCUUUCACUGACUAUAUAGCCUACCUCAAGAGACAAACAUAAACAAGAGUCUGCUUCUUUGUUAGAUUAUUUCAUUUACUCUGGAAUUCAUAUUUAAUGAAAAAGUGUUGUCAGUUCAGUGCUGUGUGACUGGUCUAACUAUAAUAGAUUGGUUGUGUAUGUGCAAUACAGUAUGUAUCCUGUAGUAUGCUUACUAAGAGUAAUGGAGUAUUGUUGGCACAGCAUUUUUGCAACUUAAACAAAUCCACCCUGCUCCUUGAGUGGUUUCCAUUCCUUUCCCCCAUUAUGUGUCAUUAGAGAAGGAUUGAGGGGCUCGGAGGGAAGGCGCUGGCAUGCUGUGUCAGAGCCACAUCACACCUGUUUCCUGUGAUCCCUCAGAGGAGCACUGCUUCCUACCUCGCCCCGUGCCUCAUGUCACAGUCGGGAGUCAGAGGCUGCUCCAUGCUCCCUGCUCUCUGCUCCCUGCCAAUAGACGAAGGGGGCAAGCAAGCCGCACUCCCAGAGGGGAGGAUGUAACAGCUCUGUUACCAUGGUGAUGUUAUGGAGGAUGUAGAUUCUCCUCAUGCCAUCCUCAAAGUGUAUCUCUUAUAAUGGUUUAAGCAGAUGUGAUUAAAUAAAAACAUGCCAAGCAUGAAUUACCUCGAGAUUGUGACCUUUAAAGAAGGAACUGUCAACUCAAUUGAACCUGUUGCCUUGGUAGUCCUUCAGUUUCUGAAGCCGCAGUAGGCUGAGAGGUAGGUUUGUAGACUUCAUACUGCAGGUCUAUUGUACCUGCCUCUGCACCAGUGUAUUCAAUAAUCUGUUGUUUCUUAUCAGGCUAUACGGCUGCGAAAGCUAGCCCAGCAGAUCGCCAGCUGCAAGCAGAUCAUUGAGAGAUCGUCGUCCCUCAUCACUCAGGCUGAUCACACCCUCAAGGAGACAGACCACGCCCGCUUCCUGCAAACAGCCAAAAGCAUCUGUGAAAGGUGAGCUAUCAAGUCAACUGAUUGUGGUGAUAAUGUUCCAAACCCCAACUGACUGAGAGUCACAGGUUGUAAUAAGAGAAAUGUAAUGUGAAUCCUAUAUAUUUGUGCUUCAGAGUGUCUAUGGCAACAGCAUCCUCUCAGAUCCUGAUUCCAGAGAUCAACCUAAAUGACACCUUUGAUACGUUUGCGUUGGACUUCACAAGGGAAAAGAAAAUGCUGGAAAGCUUGGAUUACCUCACAGGUGAACGCAAUUCCGAACAUGAUCCUUCUUUUUCAAUCAGAAAUGAUAUUAAGAACAUAUCUAUAACUCAGAUCUAUCUGAAAUGGGAGAUGAUGGUACAGUGUUUAUCUAUUUCUUUAACAGUCAAGUGACAAAACAGUACCCCUGUUUUUGUAUUGUCAUUAUUAUGGGAUCCCCCAUUAGUUCCCUGCCAAGCAGCACGCUACUCUUUCCUAGGGUCCAGCAAAAUUAAGGCAGUUAUAACCAUGUUUAAAAACAUUACAAUACAUUUGUGGUCCCUCUGUAGCUCAGGCUGGUAGAGCACCGGCGCUUGUAACGCCAAGGUAGUGGGUUCGAUCCCCGGGACCACCCAUACACAAAAAGUAUGCACGCAUGACUUGUAAGUCGCUUUGGAUAAAAGCGUCUGCUAAAUGGCAUAUUAUAUUAUUAUAAUUAUUAAUAUUAUUAUAUUAAUAUAUUAUAUUAUAUUACAAUUUCGACAACAACAUUAAGUGUGUUGCCCUCAGGCACUAAUCUACUACCACAUACCACAACACAAAAUCCAUGUGGUAAUGUUGAUGUAUAGUGUGGUAUGUUAUCGUGUGUGUGUAGUCAAUCUCAUGUGUGGUGGUGUUAGCACAUCCUCAUGUCAGAAGCUAUGUGUCGGUCCAGUGGUUUCGACUGGGUAAAAGCCACAAGUUAGAAGCUGCGUUGAGGUCGUUACUGAAUGAAUGCUUUUGAUGUUCUGGAAACAGAUCUCAAGUUGUACGAAGACUGCAGUGUGGGUUUUUUAGUGUAUCUUGAAGUCAUGUGUUAGGUUGGUUUGUGCUGUCAGGACGCAGUGGACUCUUGUUCUGUAUGACGAGGCAGUUUCGUUUUGUUGUUUUGUAUUUUGUAUCGUGUUGCUAGUACACUAUUAAAGAGAUGUACGCAUAUCACGCUGCGCCUUGGUCCAAUCAUUAUGACGAUCGUGACAGAAGAUCCCACCAAAACAGGACCAAGCAGCGUGUCCAGGAGCAGACAGCCUGGACUUGGGAGGAGAUCUUGGACGUGCAGGGGUCCUGGACUUGGGAGGAAAUCCAGGCUGGAAUGGAUCGCCGUCCGUGGGAGGAGACGGUGGAGGCGCACCAUAGAGAGGAGCAGCGGCGCCAACCGGGCCGACGUCGGACACGCAAGAGGCAACCCCAAUACAUUUUUUGGGGGGGGCACACGGCAUGGACGACGGGGCUGCUGGAGGCAGAUACGGGGCGAGUUUGGGGAUUAGGAGAGGAGGCCACCGGGUUUGGGGGGCUGGAAGGGAGGUUGGCGGAGCCUAGAGGUAGAGUAGAGCCAACUCCCCGUACUCAGGCUAGGCAGCGUGAGACUGGGCAGGUUCCGAGGUAUGCGGAGCUGCGUACUGUGCUGCGAGUGGUCCGGCACAGUCCGGUACGUCCUGUGCGAGCACCACGCACGUGUCGUGCUAAGGUGGGCAUGCAGCCAGGACGGAGUGUGCCGGCUCAACGCUCGUGGCCUCCAGUACCCCUCCUCGGUCCCGGAUAUCCUGCGCCAGUGUCACGUGCUGUAGUGCCAGUACGAGUACACAGCCCUGUACGUCCUGUGCUGAUGCCUCACACAGAGUGUGUAAAAAUAGGCAUUCAGCCAGGACGGGUUGUGUCAGCUCUUCGCUCCAGACCUCCAGUCCGUCUCCACAGCCCGGUCCGGCCUGUUCCUGUUCCCCGCACCAAGCCUAUGGUGCGCGUCGCCAGCCCGGCCCGGCCUGUUCCUGCUCCCCGCACCAAGCCUAUGGUGCGCGUCGCCAGCCCGGCCCGGCCUGUUCCUGCUCCCCGCACCAAGCCUGUGGUGCGCGUCGUCAGCCCGGUCCGGCCCGUUCCUGCUCCCCGCACCAAGCCAGUGGUGCGCGACGUCAGCCCGGUCCGGCCCGUUCCUGCUCCCCGCACCAAGCCAGUGGUGCGCGACGUCAGCCCGGUCCGGCCCGUUCCUGCUCACCGCACCAAGCCUGUGGUGCGCGUCACCAGCCCGGUCCGGCCCGUCCCUGCUCCCCGCACCAAGCCUGUGGUGCGCGUCGUCAGUCCGGCACAGCCCGUGCCUGCUCCCCGCACCAAGCCAGUGGUGCGCGACGUCAGCCCGGUCCGGCCCGUUCCUGCUCCCCGCACCAAGCCAGUGGUGCGCGACGUCAGCCCGGUCCGGCCCGUUCCUGCUCCCCGCACCAAGCCUGUGGUGCGCGUCGCCAGCCCGGUCCGGCCCGUCCCUGCUCCCCGCACCAAGCCUGUGGUGCGCGUCGUCAGUCCGUCACAGCCCGUGCCUGUUUCACCGGUGCCUGGUCAGGUACCGGUCAGCUGCUCCACACCGGAGCCUAAGCAAUCCGCUCCACCGAUGUCCAGUCCAGCUCCAGCCAGCGGAACCAGACCAGGGGCGCUACGUGGGGGGUUGUUAGAGGGUGGUGGUCACGCCCGGAGCCGGAUCCGCCUCCGAGGCGGAAUGCCCACCCGGCCCCUCCCCUGUUGGGGGGGGGGGGGGGGGGGUACUGUCAUGCCCUGGCUCUGGGGACUCUUAUAUGUUGAGCCAGGGUGUGUAGGGUCUAUGUUUUUUGAUCUAUGUUCAGUUUCUAGUUCAUGUGUUUUCUAGGUUGGCCAGGGUGGUUCUCAAUCAAAGGCAACGAGAAUCAGCUGUUGCUUGUUGUCUCUGAUUGGGAACCAUACUUAGGCAGCCUGUUGUGCACUUGUGUUUUGUGGGAUCUUGUUCCGUGUUGGUUUGUGUUCAUGACCGAGGACUUCACGUUUCGUUUUGUAUUUUGUAUCGUGUUGCUAGUACACUAUUAAAGAGAUGUACGCAUAUCACGCUGCGCCUUGGUCCAAUCAUUAUGACGAUCGUGACACACAAUAAAAGUCACUUGCAAGAGUGGGCUUGGUUGUAUUUACAAAGAUCUCCAAUCCCCUGCACACAACCCGUUGGACGUCAGAAAAUACACUGAUUGUGUUAAUCCAAAGUACUGUACUCUACUGUGUGUUAUGUCAACUGUCCAUCGUUGUUGUCAUUAAAUGACACAUAACAGGAACUGACAUGAAUAAAAAUAGCUAUAUUUUUCUAUUUGCAGCACCAAAUCCCCCAAUAAUCCGGGCUGAAUUAUGUACAGCAUCGAACGACACCAUUACUGUUCACUGGACGUCAGAUGACGAGUUCUGUGUCGUCUCCUAUGAACUUCAGUAUGCCAUCUUCACUGGACAAGCCAAUGUUGUCAGUAAGUAUACAAUUCUUGUCUAGAUCUCCUCAGUACAGUAUGCUGGGUGUGUCUGUACAGUACAUCUGUUGUGGUACAACAUUUUUAAUCAUGAUAGGUAGGCUAUCUGAGAGCAAUCAUACAUAGAGAGCCUCUUACUGUAAAUAGCUUUGAGGGCUUUGAGGGCUAAAAUUUUGUAAUUUCAGCAGGGCAACAACCAUGCUUUCCUUUAAUUGUGUAGAUAAUAAGAUAUCAGAGAUCUCUGCUCUGUAUCUCUCUGGCACAGACUCUAGGCCAGAGUAUAUAGGCUGAGUCAGACUGGAUUGCAAUCCAGAUGCAGAUUAUGGGCUGAAUAUUUCCCUGUGGCUCAUGUAAGUGGCAGACUAUUGGAAUAGAUCACCCUAACAGGGUCACAGAAUGCUCAAUCAAGCAAUUGGCUCUCUUCUGCACCAAUGCCUGUUCAUACUACAGUGAAUUGGUAAUGUUAUUGUUUGUGUAUGAUGUGUCAUGCAUUCCUAGAGAAAUAACAGCAAUAAGAGUUUAUGAUAAUAUGGAAGAUAGAACUACCACAUUUUAAUUUAAUGACAACAAUUGGAGAAGGAUUCAUUGGACGUGUUCUUAUCUCAACAAAUGUAUUUUACAUUGUGUGUUUUACAAUCCAGGGGUUGUUUCUCUUCAUUCAUCUGCCAUUAACUGAUUGUCUUUGUCUGUGGUCUAGGUUUGUGUAACUCGGCUGAUAGCUGGAUGAUUGUGCCCAACAUCAAGCAGAACCACUACACAGUGCAUGGACUCCAGUGUGGCACCAAGUACGUGUUCAUCGUCAAGGCCCUCAAUCAGGCAGGGAGUCGCAGCAGUGAGCCUUGGAAACUCAAGACCAACAGUAUGUCUGUGUUUCGAAUAGCUGUACCAUGUUGAUAUCACUAAGCAUCUUUGAAGAUUUGAUAUAUGGAUAGCACAUUUGCCAUUGUUUACUGUUAAUCAAUUAAUGGUCAUUUCACAGGUCAGCCAUUCAAGUUGGACCCAAAGUCUGCUCACAAGAAGCUGAAGGUCUCCCAUGACAACCUGACAGUGGAGCGAGACGAGACGUCGUCCAAGAAGAGUCACACUCAGGACCGCUUCACUAGCCAGGGCAGCUACGGCGUCACAGGGAAUGUGUACAUUGACAGCGGGCGCCACUACUGGGAAGCCUUGAUAGGAGGGAGCACAUGGUAAGGAUAUGGACCUGUGGUGUCUGAAGUACAUCAGACUAGAACAUUUGGAGAGACAAAGGUGUGUGAGAAUCAGAUUGGGAAGUCCAAUCAUGAUCUCUGUUACACUACAGUAAACUCAAUCUUGAAAUCUAAAAUCUCUAGGACGUUAGGCCUAUCAUUUCCCAUCGGUGCUAUUUGACCACUACCAGAAAAUGAGCCAUCAACAUUCAAUAUUCUAUUUUUCUAUCUUCAUCAGGUUUGCUGUGGGCGUUGCUUACAAGUCAGCACCGAAACACGAGUGGAUUGGCAAGAACUCGGCCUCGUGGGUACUGUCUCGCUGCAACAACUCCUGGGUAGUACGUCACAACAGCAAGGAGAUGCCCAUCGAACCGUCCCCCCACCUGCGUCGUGUGGGGGUGUUGCUGGACUACGAUGCUGGCUCCCUGGCCUUCUACGAUGGUGCCGGCUCACAGCACCUGUACACAUUCGACAUCGCCUUCGCUCAGCCAGUCUGUCCUGUGUUCAACGUGUGGAACAGGUGUCUGACCGUCCUCACAGGGCUGCCCAUCCCAGACCACCUAGAGGGGACAGACUGCCGGGAUUAACAGUCCAGCUAAUAGAACACAGAGACACAAAGGGAGAAGAACAGACUGACUACAGCCUCACCUGGCUGACUUUUUGUCCCACCACCAAUGCUGUAUAAAACAAAACAAAGCCAUGGUCCCAGAUGUCUUUAAUCAUGCUCUUAUUAGAAGUAAAUUAAUUUCUAGAAUUAUUUAUGGAAACCAUUUAUUGGAUUUUAUUUCUUGCUUUGCACAUUCCUUUACACUACUAUAUUUAUGCUUGUUGGUUUUUGGGGUACGCUUAGAGAGGAAGAUGGAUAUAACAUUUUGAAAUUCAGUGAAACUUAUUUUCAUGCAGCUCUGAGAAUAGUUUAUUUCAUUCUUACACAUACAGUAGGUUGUUUACUUCUUUCCAUGUAUCCAUCGUUAGCAGCAUGUUGAUAAACAUUUUAUGUGUAACCAAUUGAUUUUGACAUGGCAUCAUGGCAGCAGUGCCCCUGAUUACUUCAUAAAGCAGUUAUAACAGGAGUAGUCAUCUACACCUGUUCUGUUUCAUGCAGGUGUACCAAGAUCCUCUCUACAAUUAGAAUUAUAACAAACAUGUUAAGAGUUAAUUUAAGAGUUAAUCUGCCUUUAGUUGAUUCGAUUUUUUUGUAUGUUUUUUAUCACAGCACUUCCAAUGCACUGAGAACUUUAUUUUUUUUGUCAUUUAGCAGACGCUCUUAUCC